ACUAAACUCGCGCGCGGUGAGGACACGCCGCGAGUCCUCCGACGUCUCUCGCAGCCGGGAACAGCGGCGGCCGGGAAAGGCGAGAGGGAGAUCUCGCCUACGUCUGGAAGAGGCCUCCCUGGAAGAGAUACGUGCUCUCGCGCCUGGAGCCGGAGACCCCCGGGGUGUCCGCUGACAAAACCGACUCGAAUCUCGCGGUUGAACUCCGGGAUAUCGCGGCGAGUCGACGCAUGGCUACCGUGAGAUCGCGAAACUCGCGACGGUGCGCACCGCCAGGUCCUACCGCGAUCCCCUCCGCGACCUCGCGCUGUGAUUGCAAAGGGGAUAAAGGAAGCGGCUCGUGACGGGACCGCGCGGAGUUGGGGCCUCCCGGUUUUUCCGCGUCGCAAUCGGCUCGCCGCGCGGGGCGCGCGCGCGGUCGACUUCCGGAGUAGCCGGCGGAAGCUUUCGCGGAAUUUGAAUUGGCUAAUGAGAAUCGCAACCACCUCCGGGGGAGGGGGAGAGUCGUAACCCCCCCGCUCGGGCUCGACUCCGCCGUCUCCUCGCGCCUCGCGCCUCGGCCACGUGGGUGUUAUUCGGGCCUAGAAUUUGCGCCUCCCUCCGCCGGGAGGAGGUCGUACGUGGGAGACGUAUUAUUGUGCGAACGAGUUCAUUCAUCGUGCGGAUUCCAGCCCGCCGGAAGUGACGAGGAACGACGACUUCCCCGCUAACGGUGGUAGUGGCCGGUGUUGUUGGUGGUGGUAGCCAGUAGUGCGCGUACCAGUCGAACGUUGCAUCGCGCGCGCUCACGUACACGCGCGCACGCGAGCGUGCUGACCUAGAGGAAGCGAAAGGAGAGAAGGAAGGAGAGGAUGUCGACUCGCCGCCGGGCGACCGCGACCGCGCCGUGCGGCGAGAUGCAGCGUCCUGUUGUCGGUCGACGGCCACUGGCUCUUUGAAGGUUUCGCCUUAUCGACGAUGGACUGGAGUGGCCGGACUGACCGCGCGAGGCAACGAGAGGUCGUGCACUGUGUAUCGUUAUUGUUUCCUCGUCGGGGCGAUUCCGCGCCGCGCUCGCUGACGCGACUAUGCAGCUGAAGAAAGCGAUGCUUAAGAUAUUCGAUCAAUGCCUGCACUUGCGGAGCAUCGAGGAGCCGAGGAUGACGGCGGAGACGGCGGCCCCCUGCGUGCAAGGGGUACAGGGAGCCCAGAGUGGCGGCGUGGCGAGCCAGAAUAUGCUGCAACAGGUGCAGGAUGGAAACGGCGGUGGCAGCGGCGGCGCUUACUAUUCCUCGACUUCGACGGCGUACGAUCCGGAGUACGCCCGUAUGGAGUCCUGGCUGGACGAGCACCCCGACUUCGUCAACGAUUACUUCCUCAGGAAGGUGACACGGCAGACCGUGGACACGUGGCUGGUGUCACACGCGACGCCGACCUCGUCGUCCAGCAGCUGCGUGGAGCUUUCGAGCCCGACGCACGUCGGAGCCGGGAACUCGUCCGGUGGACGAGGCGGCGCCGGCGGCUCGGGCGCCACGACACCCGUACGCAAAAUCUCGGCGCACGAGUUCGAGCGCGGGGGUCUCCUGAAGCCGAUCGUCAACACGAUCGACGGCACGCCGACCUUCCUGAGCGUGUCGACGAGCGACGCGUGUCAGCCGGGCGGGCCGCAAGUUGGAUCCGGAAGCUCGAACCGCCCGCAAAGACGGUCGAGGCACGAGCUCAGGCACCUCGACGAGAAGGAUCUCAUUUUCGAGCUGGUCAAGGACAUUUGCAACGAGCUGGAAGUGAGAUCGUUGUGCCAUAAGAUCCUGCAGAAUGUGAGCACUCUCCUACACGCGGAUCGCGGUUCGCUGUUCCUCGUCCAGGGGGAGAGAAGCGGCUCCGCCACUGCCGCUGCCGCGGCCGCCGCCGUCGCAGCCGCCGCCACGACCGUCGCCAGCACCGAUGUACCAUCUUCCCCGAAUCACGAAGCCGCUGCGAGCAACUCCGACGAAAGCAAUCCGCAGCGCGAUCAGUCUUCCGCGAGGAGCAGGUGUCUGGUGUCCAAGUUAUUCGACGUCUGUUCGAGAUCGACGUUGCUGGAGAUGGAGAAGAAAGACGAAAUUAAGAUCCCCUGGGGUACCGGAAUCGUCGGAUACGUCGCUGAAAGCGGGGAACCCGUCAACAUACCGGAUGCUUACAAGGACUCGAGGUUUAAUCGCGAAAUCGAUGCUUUAACGGGAUACCGAACGCGUGCCUUACUGUGCAUGCCUAUCAAGGAUUGCAACGGUGAUGUAAUCGGGGUGGCACAGGUGAUCAACAAGCUCGGCGGCGAGGGCCAAUUCACCACGCAGGACGAGAAGAUUUUCGCCGGUUACUUACAGUUCUGCGGUAUCGGCUUAAGAAACGCUCAGCUUUACGAAAAGAGCCAAUUGGAGGUGAAGAGGAAUCAGGUUCUGUUGGAUUUGGCUAGGAUGAUUUUUGAGGAACAAAGCACGAUAGAGCACAUGGUUUUUAGAAUUCUCACGCACACGCAAUCGUUGAUUCAAUGCCAACGUGUUCAGGUGUUGCUCGUGCACAAAGCUUCAAAGGGGAGUUUCUCGCGCGUCUUCGAUUUCGAAGCGAACGAUCUCGCUGGCGAGGAUUCUGAUUCUCGCACUAGUCCUUUCGAGAGUAGGUUUCCUAUUAACGUUGGUAUCACGGGUUACGUAGCGACAACCGGUGAAACUGUCAACAUACCGAACGCUUACGAAGAUUCGAGAUUCGAUCCGUUGGUGGACGACGGUACCGGCUUUAGGCAUCGUACGAUUCUUUGUAUGGCCAUUAAGAAUUCGUCCGCUCAGAUAAUCGGCGUCAUUCAGCUCAUCAAUAAAUUCGACGAUCUGCCUUUCACCAAGAACGAUGAAAAUUUUGUCGAGGCGUUCGCGAUCUUCUGCGGGAUGGGAAUUCAUAAUACGCAUAUGUACGAGAAGGCUGUGAUAGCGAUGGCAAAGCAAAGCGUCACUUUGGAAGUACUGAGUUACCAUGCGUCGGCAUCGUUGGAGGACGCGCAGAGAUUGAGGAGUUUAAGGAUCCCGUCAUCGGCGCAUUUUCAACUGCACGACUUCAAGUUCGACGACAUACACAUGGAGGACGACGAAACCCUCACUGCGUGCCUCAGGAUGUUUCUCGACUUGGACUUUGUUGAACGGUUUCACAUCGACUACCACGUACUCUGCCGUUGGUUGUUGAGCGUAAAGAAGAACUAUCGGAACGUUACGUAUCACAAUUGGCGACACGCCUUUAACGUGGCCCAAAUGAUGUUUGCUAUCUUGACGGCUACGCAAUGGUGGAAGAUCUUUGGUGAAAUCGAAUGUCUCGCGCUCAUCAUCGCAUGCUUGUGUCACGAUCUCGAUCAUCGUGGGACAAACAAUUCUUUUCAAAUUAAAGCCUCGUCGCCGCUGGCACAGCUGUACUCGACUUCGACGAUGGAGCAUCACCACUUCGAUCAGUGUCUGAUGAUCUUGAGCAGCCAGGGCAAUCAGAUUCUGUCGAAUCUUUCGCCAGAAGAAUAUUCGCGCGUGGUAAAGGUGCUCGAAGAAGCGAUACUCUCUACCGAUCUGGCCAUUUACUUUAGAAAGCGCGGCUCUUUCCUUAAUCUGGCACACAGUGGUAGCUACAACUGGGCGUUCGGCGAUCAUCGGGAGCUUCUACGCGGGAUGCUGAUGACGGUCUGUGAUCUGGCUGCCAUCACGAAACCGUGGGAUGUCGAAAAGAGAGUAGCCGAACUCGUUAGUAGCGAGUUUUUCGAACAGGGCGACAUAGAGAGGCGGACGCUCAACAUUACGCCCAUUGACAUCAUGAAUCGAGAGAAAGAGGACCAGCUACCGAUGAUGCAAGUUGGCUUCAUCGACUCGAUCUGUCUACCUAUCUAUGAGGCGUUCGCCAAUCUGUCGGACAAGCUUGUGCCGCUCGUCGACGGAGUCAGUAUGAACAAGCAACAUUGGUUGGAGAUUGCUGAGAGCAAGAGCCAGGCGGAGACCUGCACGAAUCACGACAGGACGCCGUCGGCAUCGGCGUCCGACAACGAAGAGACCAGCGAACAAGCGGACCAAUAGUCAUUAAGGAUGGCGUUACUGGCUGUUAAAGUCGAAUGUACCAAACGCAGCGGCCAUCCGCCAGUCGUCAGAAAGAGAAAUACGGGAUAUAGUUUUUAUUGUCCUCGCGGUCCGUCUCCCGCGACGUCCAUUUUCCUCGUCUCAAUUAUCACGGCCUGUGUCCUGCGCGAAUACGAAUAGGCGAUCCGUCCGUUUAACGGACUCUGCGUUAAUACCUUCCCGUCAAUUUCCGUCAGGUCUACUGAUCGAGUAGAUCGAAUAUACAAACUCUCUCGCGUUGAAAUGUGUAUGUGUGUGUGCGUGUGUGCGUGUGUUUCUCGAUCAAAAUCAUUCUAUAAAUUUCAUAUACAACAAGUUGAAAAAGUUAAAUUUGAACUGAAUAUGAAAUGGACGAUCUUGCGAAAUACGAUGAGAAAGGUCUUGUUCUCUCUCCCUCUUUCUCUCUCUUUCUGCCUCGUAUCCUGUCCCUCAAUCCUCCUCUCGCCCAUUUGUCCAACUUCCUAGACACUAAACCGAUCAAUCUCCAUAUGCUACUACUGUACCUGAUUGUAUUGUACAUAUAUUUACUGUGACACAGACCUUCGAUGUAGAGAGAGAACAUAAAGACCGGGGCGUGAUUCUCGUAAAUGAUGAGUUUUCGACGCGAGCCAGCUCGUCGAAGGACACAAGCGAAACGGCGCCUAUACGCGCGAUUAGAUUACGUAUUUGCAUACCAAAGUGUAAAUUUAUACAUCGAGAUUGGUCGCGACUAUCGGUCAGCCGGCAAAGUAGCGGCGCGAGCGGCCUGUUGACCGCGUAAUUAAUUAACGGCCUGGCAUCAGCAGACACGCUCGGCUUUCUCGAUUGCUUUGCUUCCUGUUGCAAAAACGAUUUUGGAUUCCUCGAAUCGAUCUCGAACCCUCCUCCCCCACAGUCGUUUUCGUCUUCGCGUAGAGCUGUUGUAUCGCUAGAGAAACUAACAAUACGAAAGCUGUAGAAACGUUCAUCAACGGCAUAAAUUUGCGUUACCCUUGUUGUACUCUGAAGCUCACAACGGACUGUACAUACAUACGGACAGGUAAUAAGGAGAUUAAAAAUUGCUCUCCGUGUGUUCUACCGUUUUCGUUAAACGUUACAGAACGUA